GGUCAAAUAAUGUCAAAAAAACGUAGUGUUUAUAUACUCUUUGGUCAAAAAAUAGAUAACCUAAAAUUAAAUCUAAAGAAAAUAAAACCUUAUAUUAUCCUGUGAAUAUGGUAUAAAUUGUAAGAAAAUGGAUUUUCAGUCCAAUUCAGAUACAGAAAUCCGGAAUAGUUCUAAACUAUCAAUGCUUGGGAAGGCUUUGAUAUAUACUACGGGUGGUUUAGCAAUAGGAGUGAGCAUUGUUUGUAUACCCUUUGUUUCACCCGCCUUUAGAAAAGUUUGCCUGCCCUAUGUACCAGCUACUACUAAUCAAUUAGCAGGAGUAACUAGAGCCCUUAAGAAUAGAAGUGGUAGGCUGCUGGAUGUCGGGUCUGGCGAUGGACGAAUUGUAUUCACAGCUGCUAAACUUGGUUUUAAAGCUGAAGGUGUCGAACUAAAUCCGGUUUUAGUUUAUUUCUCUAAAAUAGCAGCACUUGUCAACCAACAAUAUUGGAACACGAAGUUUUACAGAGAAAAUCUAUGGACAUUUGAUUUGAUGCCAUACAAUAACAUAGUAAUAUUUGGCGUAGAACAAAUGAUGAAGGAUUUUGAAAAGAAGUUGUUACUGGAAGUUAAAGAUGACACAGUGGUGGUUGCUUGUAGAUUUCCUUUGCCUAGCAUGAGGCCAGUUGAAACUAUAGGACAUGGUGUGGACACAGUUUGGAAAUAUGUUGUAAAAAGAUAGAUAACUACUUGUUACUUUGUUCAUAUAAUUUAUAUCAGUAUAGUUUAUUGUUUAAAAUUAAUUUAUGUAGAUAAUAAUUAUAAGUAGAAAUGU